GUAUCACGUGAGAGGAGCGUGUGCCAGGCGGCAGCGGCGGCGGGAGCAUGUGGCACUAUGAAGCACUAUGAGGUGGAGAUCCUGGACGCCAAGACCAGGGACAAGCUGUGCUUCCUGGAUAAGGUGGAGCCCAAUGCCACCAUCGCCGAGAUCAAGAACCUCUUCACCAAGUCCCAUCCUCAGUGGUACCCAGCCCGACAGUCCCUGCCCCUCUGGGUUUCUGCUCUCCUUCCAGAGGGGAAGUCCCUGAAGGAUGAGGACGUACUACAGAACCUGCCGGUGGGCACCACGGCCACGCUCUACUUCCGGGACCUGGGGGCGCAGAUCAGCUGGGUGACGGUCUUCCUUACCGAGUAUGCUGGGCCACUGCUUAUCUACUUACUCUUCUACUUCCGAGUGCCCUUCAUCUACGGCCCCAAGCACGACUUCACCUCCAGCAAGCACUCGGUCGUGCACCUGGCCUGCAUCUGCCACUCGUUCCACUACAUCAAGCGCCUGCUGGAGACCCUUUUCGUCCAUCGGUUCUCCCACGGGACGAUGCCCUUGCGCAACAUUUUCAAGAAUUGCACCUACUACUGGGGCUUUGCGGCCUGGAUGGCGUAUUACAUCAACCACCCGCUGUACACCCCACCGACCUACGGAGACCAGCAGGUGAAGUUGGCACUCGUCAUAUUCCUGUUCUGCCAGCUGGGGAACUUCUCCAUUCACAUCGCCCUGCGGAACCUGCGGCCGGCAGGCUCCAAGACCAGGAAGAUUCCCUUCCCAACCAAGAACCCCUUCACGUGGCUCUUUCUGCUAGUGUCAUGCCCUAAUUAUACCUAUGAGGUGGGCUCCUGGAUCGGCUUCGCCAUCAUGACCCAGUGUCUCCCAGUGGCCCUGUUCUCUCUGGUCGGCUUCAUCCAAAUGACCAUUUGGGCGAAGGGGAAGCACCGCAGCUACCUGAAGGAGUUCCGGGACUACCCGCCGCUGCGCUCCCCCAUCGUCCCCUUCCUGCUCUGAGCCAGGCGGAGACGCUGCCCUCUCCAGGCGCUGCCAGGGCUCAGUACUUAAUAGUGAGCAGCUGUUAGUGCAGUCCAGGGAGCCGCCCACCCCCCCAGGGGGCUCUGGACCCCACGUUGGGCUGGCUGGCACUGGGCUCAGAGGAAGCUGCACAAACUCUCACCUGACUCCUCACUGCUGGGGUUUCUACAGCUGCCCCUGUGCUCCCAGCUGGCCAGCCCUGCCCUCAGGGAAGCCCUCACCCCACCCCUGCUUAGACCAGGAUCCUGCUCUCCUCCUGCUGCACCAUGCACCCACCAGCUGGAGCCCAGAGAGCACAGGUCUCCUGCAGCCCUGCCUAACUGGAAACUCAGAAACUCACCCAGACAGCUGUGGCUGGCAGCUGCCACUCAGAGCUGUGGCCUGCAGGAGGGACCCUCUCCUAACCCGAGGCAUCUAACUUUGGCCCCAGGCACCUGCUAAUGCAGCCCGAUUCCAGAGGGGUGGAGGGUUCAUGCCCCGGUGGGUGUAGCAAAUGCUCAGGCCCAUCCCUGCAUAAGCCCCUUCUCCAGCUGCCCGCUUAGGAUUGUAGGUGCCUCAUUUCAGGCUCCUGAACAGGACAACAGCUCCUUUCCUGGGUCCAUCUCCAAGCAGGGCCCCUGGGGGCCAGUGCUGGGCUCAGCACUCCUGCCCACAGAGCCACAAGUUGAUGGGGAGAGGGUGGCAGGGUCUGCUCAGCCCACAGCACUAGGCUGCCUUUCCCCACUGCCCUGCGGGCAGCUGACCAAGAGCAGGCCACACCAGUCAAUUUGCCAGUGUCUCUUUAGAGUGAGGCUCGAGCUGGGGCAAGCAGGAGCCUAAGGGGUCUUGUGUGGGGCAGAACUGAGCCAGCAGUAAGGGGAGGGGGGCAAGAAAAGGCAACAGCACUGCGGGGCAGGGGCAGCAGGUCAGGAAGGAGGAGGGCUGGGGUGGCAGGGGCAGGUCAGCCCUGGGGGCACUGGCAGGGUUGUGUGGGGCUACUUGUCUCAAGCCAGCACUGUGAAGUGUAAGUACAGUAAAGUUUUUUUUCUUUUGUACCAUUUUUCUGUUCCAUCCUUCCCUGGGCUGCUGAGCAGCCACCCUGGCUGCUGUAGCUCAGGCCUGGCUCUGCUGGGAUGGCAGUGGGUGGAGCCAGCUACUUAAUAAACAUGAGGGGCCCAGCC